CGGGGGAAGGGAGGGUGAAUUAAAACCGGUUCCUGGUGGUUCGCCGUCAAGGCAGUGAAUGAAAGAUUGCGUUCCUUCCCCCCCGCAUCCCCGUGCUUUUCAAAGGUGAAUGUCGAAAGCAGCGAUCUUAGGACUCAAGCAUCAUACAUAGGAGGGAAUGUGGUCUGAGUCACGAUCACAAUGUGGCGAAAGAAAUCAACGGGGUCGCUUACAUCCUGAAAGAACACAACAUGCAGAAUCUGCAGAUUUUCAAAGAUCAGUGCAAGUGAUGUCAAGGAGGCAGGAUUAUGAUCGCUGUGGUGAUGGAGGAAGAGGUGGCAGCACAGGCCGUGAAUAUAAUUAUUAUAGCCAUUCUGAGGAGUAUCGAGGGUAUUCUGCUGACAAUCGUGAUUAUGGACAUGGUCGCCGGUUUGGUCCUUCACCCAAAACUGGCUCCUGGGAUGAUGAAAAUUCAAGGUGGCCCAGAGAGGAUCAUUCAGAAAAUAGACCUUCCGAUUAUAGAGGACCGAAGACAAAGAGAUAUGCUAUGACUAUUAGGGAUAACUUCAGAAGGAAGAAUUUCUAUUCCUCUCCGCAUGUCCGAGAGCGUUCUCCUCAUAAAAGAGAAGCACCAUACUCCAGAAGAGAAUCUCCUCACAGCCGUUCUGGAUCAAGUAUCAGCAGCAGAAGUUAUUCUCCAGAUAAAAACAAGCAGCCAUCUUCUCAUCAGUCCCAGUUCAGCAAAAAUAGAGAAAGAUCUUCUGUUUCUUCUUUGAACCCCUCAAGAGAUGCAUCUCCAUCGAGUUCAGUGCCACCAGCUACGUCAAAGGCUGCAAACUUUGAAAAAUCCAGCAAAACGUCUGAGAACCUGAAUAAGGAAGGUGUAAGUGAAUGGUGUUCGGAACAGCAGCAGAUUCCAGAGCUGGAAAUGAAUGAAUGUGAUAAUAUUGAUCCUGUUCAAAUGCUGUUUCCAGAUAAAUUGGAUGAUCUAGAGAUAAAUACACGAAGUGCUGUUGAUCUCAUAGAUCUAAACCAAACAGAUGUUCGCACCAGAGCAAUUGCUGAGAAAACCAAAGAGAUUGAAGAGCUGCGAGUGGUCAUGGUUCUGGAAAGAGCUGGGGAUCUAAAGUGCUCUGGUGGUGAUGCUUGUGGAUAA